AUUUUACACCAAAUAGAAAAUAUUCAAUUAAUAUUGAAAUUAUGAAUGUAGCAAGUGAUUAAGAAGGUAAUGAUUUAAUAAAAAGUACAAUGAAUUGUGUGGAUAGAAAGAAAUUACCUCCUAUAUAAUUAGAAUCGGGUCCUGUAUAUGAAGGAGAAUGGAGAAAUGGAAUGAGAGAUGGAUAUGGUAAAUAGAAAUGGCCAGAUGGUUCAAUUUAUGAAGGAGAAUGGGUAGAAGAUCAAUCUUAAGGGAGAGUAUAAAUUAAACAAAUAUUUUUAGGGUAAAUUAUAUCAUGCAGAUGGUGAUGUAUAUGAUGGAGAAUGGAAAAAAAAUAAAGGAAAUGGAAAAGGAACAUAUUUUAGUGUAAAUGGAGCAAAAUAUGAAGGAGAAGUUAAUAUUAUAUUCUAUUUUUAGUGGGAAAAUGAUAAAUAACAUGGUAAAGGUGUAGAAAUUUGGCCAGAUGGAGCUAAAUAUGAAGGUUAAUAUUUUGAAGGUGAGAAACAAGGUAGAGCUAUAUUAAAUUAUACUGAUGGUUCAAGAUAUGAUGGUAUAUACUUAUUAUUCUAUUUUUUUAGGGGAAUUCUUAUAAAAUGAAUUGCAUGGAGAAGGAACUUAUAUUUGGCCAGAUAAUAGAGUUUAUAAAGGAUAAUGGAAAAAAAGUAAAAUGAAUGGCAAAGGAUAAACUAUAUAUCAAGAUGGCCGUAAAUAUGCUGGUGUAAUUAUUGAUUCUCAAUUAUAAUAGGGAUAUGAAGAAGAUAAAAAACAUGGCAAAGGUGUCUUUGAAUGGUCUGAUGGGAGAAAGUAUAUAGGAACCUGGAAUUAAGGUUGGAUUUUUAUCAUAUUCCUUAGGAAGAUAACAUGGCAUUGGAAUCUAUUAUUUACUCAAUAGAGAAGUUAAAGUUGGUGAAUGGAAUGAUGGAAUAAGAAUUAAAUGGUUUGAAAAAAAUGAAAUUGAUAAGUUAAUUGAAGAAUAAAAAAUUCAAAUAGAAGAUUUGCUUUUAUGAAAUUGAUAC